GAUCAUGCCGAGUUCAAACCACACAGUCCGAACUACCAGUUUUCCAUUCCUCCUCAUUCCGCACGCCAAUAUAAAUCAGGGCCGAAGGAUUUCCGAUCGCAAGCUCGAAUCGGAGGCCACGGGUUCAGAUUCACCGAUCCAUGGCCUUCUCCUCCGUCCACUGGUACGCUCUGCUCUGCUUCGGCUUCCUCGGCGCCGCGCUAGUGGCCUCCCUCGCCGCCAUCCUCGCCGGCGAGCGGAGCCGCAAGGGGCGGGCGGGCUCCGUGUACCGCAGCUUGCUGCCCUCCGCGGGCGGAGACGGCGGCGGCCGCACCGGAGAAGAAGAAGGAGCGGAUGGAGUAUCGGGGUGCGAGCUGUGGCUGAGCCGGUGGCGGGGGGUGCACCCCGCCGCCCUCCUCGCGGUGAGGCUGGCCGCGGCCGCCGCCAUGAUCGGGGUCCUGAUUUGGGAUCUGCUCACUUACGACUGGAGCAUCAUGCUGUAUUACACGGAGUGGACAUUUUUGUUAGUGAUCAUCUAUUUCCUGAUUGCUAGUGUGAUAUCUGCUCAUGGCUGUUGGAUGUAUGGAAAGUGUGCCACUGAAAAUGACGAGGUGAAUGCAUUCCUUAAAGGAGAUGUUGCAGUAGAUAUACCAGUAACGUUGUAUGGAACAGAUAGAAACAAAAAUGUCAGUAAAUCACAUAGCUACUAUGAGCAAGGCUAUUAUCAACAAAAAACUGGAUUCAUGGGUUACCUUAUGCUAAUUGCUUAUCAGACUAGUGCAGGUGCUGUUGUAUUGACAGACUUCGUGUUCUGGGCCCUUCUAGUACCACUUCUUUCUGUUGAACAUUUCAAACUAGACUUGCUCAUGGGGUGUAUGCAUACACUAAACUUGGUGUUUCUUCUCCUUGAUACUGCUCUAAACAGUCUUCCUUUUCCAUGGUUUCGAAUGGCAUAUUUUACCCUUUGGAGUUGUAUCUAUGUAAUCUUCCAGUGGGUCCUGCACGCUUGUGGAUUUUCAUGGUGGCCUUACCCUUUUCUUAAGCUCUCAACUCCUUGGGCUCCCCUAUGGUAUUUUUGCUUGGCUCUUGUCCACAUCCCCUGUUAUGGUAUGUACUCAUUAUUAGUGAGUUCGAAAAACUCAAUUCUUUCCCAGAUUUUUUCACAUGCUUAUAGAAGACCUUGAGGUUUAGAAUUAUACACACACAUAUAUGUAUAUCUGAUUUUUGUGGGUGUAAACUGCUGAACAAAGGAUACAACACCUUGGAAUUAUUAUGUUAGUGAUUAUUUGACAUGAAUUUGUGUUAAUCUAUCUUUGAAGGUUAAACUUUAUCUUA